AUGUCCACAGCGCUGGAACGACUCAAGGAGGCGAGGAAGAAGGGCGGUAGGCUGUCUCAGUGGAAGCCUACUGUAGAGACCGACAUCUUUGAUCACGUCACCGAAGACCAGUACAAAGCUAUCGUCGGUGAUAGACUGGACCAAGAUGAUUUUAUUGAAGAUGAUGGGACGGGCGAUUAUGUAGAUGAUGGGAGAGAGGAUUGGGAUGGGGCGGAGAGUCAGGAAGAGAGUGAGGAUGAAGACGCGUUUGAUGGGGAGGAUGAAGAGUAUCGAAAGGCGCGUCAACUGAAAAAGGCAAAGGCAAAGGCGAAAGCCGCUGCCAACCCCGACAAGGCCCCCAAAGCCAAGCCCAAACCCAAAGCUUCCUACUCUGAUUAUGCCCGUCCUUCCAACAAGUCGUCAACCUCGUACCGCGCGGCCGCGCCAAGUGCACUGGCGGAAGACGACUUUAUGGCCAGUCUCUUAUCGGGCAUCGACGCACCAUCUAGCACCCGCAAACGCAAAUCCUCCCCCGAAAUCCCUUCGUCCGACGGUUUCCCCGAACCCAGCUCGGACAGCUCCUUCUUUUCCUCUUCACGGAAGCGAUACGGAGCGGAGAGCGAUGAUGAGACGAUGUGGGAUGCCAAAAGAGGCAUCAUGGGCAAGAAGCCGCGUGUUUCCGAUGUGACCGUCACUGGCAGACGCGAUUCGCAUAUGGACGUUGAUCAGGAGAAUGAUAUCCAGUGGGACGACGAUUCCAUGGAUAUCGACGAGAUCAAAGCAGAACGCGCGGACAGCGACGACGACGAUAUACGAGUCAAGAGUAAACCUCUGACGACAUCAAAAGUCAACGGCGUCACGACGAAACGCAAGGUCGUCAAUGCUUCUUCCGUCAAACACGUCCUCAAGCGCGAACCUUCACCUGUGGCAUCUCCUGCCGCUGUGAAGGCGGAAAGGGCAGAGGUGGAGAUGGAGGUGGAUCCGAAAGUGAUCAAGCCUCGGUUGGCAGCCAAGCCCAAGGGCAAGAGCAAGCACUGGUCGGCGAUCCAAGCGGACCUCGCUGCAAAGGCCGCCGAGGCCGAUGUCGACGACCUCGAAGCUGCCAAGGCGCCUGUCAACAGCACGAUCCAUUCGGACGACGUGCUCGAGGCGGACGGCUCGCUCAAGUUUUUCUGGCUCGAUCAUUAUGAAGAGGCUGGACAUAUCCACCUUAUCGGAAAGGUGUUGGAUCAAAAGUCGGGCAAAUAUGUCAGUUGUUGUGUGUCGGUGCUCGAGAUGGAACGAUGCUUGUAUGUCAAGCCGAGAGCAAAGAAGUUUGCCGACGGUCAUCAAACAGAUCUCGACGUUUCUCAGGACGACGUCCUCGACGAAUUUGACAGUUUCCGGAGAAAGUCCAACAUCAGCGAGACGCGAGUCCGUUGGGUGAGACGGCAGUACGCUUUCGAGGACCAGACUGUAGAGAGGGAAGAGAGCGACUGGCUAGAAGUCAGGUACCCUUUCCAUCAGCCCGAGAUUCCCGCCGGUUCUAGUGGUUCUACCUUCAGUCACAUAUUCGGUACCAACACGACUCCAUUCGAGCUGUUUGCGGUCCAACAAAAGAUCAUGGGUCCCUCGUGGCUCGAGAUCAAGGACCUAUCGCCUGCUGCAAACGCUGCUACCUGGUGUAAAAUCGAAUUUUGCGUCGAAAGCCCCUCCACGAUCAACCCCUUCCCCGAAACCGACAACGCCGCCCCUAAAGACACCCCUCCUCUCACCGCCAUGUCCAUCUCCAUCCGCACCAUCGUCAACCUGCGCGAAAACAAGACUGAAGUCCUCGCCAUCUCGCUCCGUACAUGGGACGACUACAAUAUCGAAGAUCCCACCCCGCCAGACCAGCUCCGAUCGCAGAUCACCACCGUCAUCCGGCCUAUUGAAAAGUUUCCUGCCGGGUUUGAAGCGUUUGCCAAAAAUCCGAAAGAUGGCAAUUCGUUCCAUACUGUCAAGAAUGAGCGGUCGCUUUUGAAUCUUGUCCUCACGCAUAUUCAGCGACAUGAUCCUGAUGUGCUGGUGGGACACAACUUUUUGGGCACGAAUUUCGAGACGAUGCUUUACAGGUUUAGAGAGCUUUCUGUGGACAAGUGGUCAAGAAUAGGCAGGUUUAGGAGGGGCAAAGGGAUCAAGAUCUCAAAGAUGGGGAGUAAUGUCAGGUUGUUGUCGGGCAGGUUGGUUGCCGAUCUGUCUAGUGAUGCCGCCAAGGGCAUGAUCUCUUCGACGACUUGGUCUCUUACAGAGAUGUGCCUCACACAUCUCAAGAUCCAGCGCGAAGAUAUCGACCCCGAGGACACUGCUACGUAUUUCGACCACAGUGCCGUCUCUCCCGACAAGUUGAUCACUUUCACGCGAUUGUGCGAGGUGGACGCCUUUUUCCAGAUGGCUAUCGCUGCUAGGGUGCAGAUCUUGCCGUUGACCAAGCAGCUCACCAACUUGGCUGGUAACUCUUGGAACCUCACGCUGAAUGGUGGUCGUGCUGUCCGUAACGAAUUCAUCCUCCUGCACGAGUUCAACCGCCUCGGCUACGUCUGCCCCGACAAGGCUCCCUUCAAAGCCAAGACAAAAGUUUCCGCCGACGGCGACGAGGGCAAUGAAGAUCUCGGUGCCAUGAAGGCCGGAAAGGGCAAGGCCAAGUAUUCUGGUGGUCUGGUCUUUGAGCCCAAGAGAGGGUUGUGGGACAAGUACAUCUUGGUCAUGGACUUCAACUCGCUGUAUCCCAGUAUCAUUCAAGAGUUCAACAUUGAUUUCACCACGGUUGUGAGAGGUCAGGAUGGUGAUGACGAGGACAAGAUCCCCGAAGUGCCCAGAUCAGGCGAAGCCAAGGGUGUUCUUCCCAAGAUCAUUUCGACACUCGUCAACAGGCGUAAACAAGUCAAAGGCCUGAUGAAGAACAAGUCGGCCACCCCGGCCCAGAUCCUCCAGUGGGAUAUCAAGCAAUUGGCCCUCAAGCUCACUGCCAAUUCGAUGUACGGUUGUCUCGGUUUCGUUGGAUCUCGAUUCUCUUCGAGACCUCUUGCUGCUUUGACGACUUUCAAGGGUCGAGAGAUUCUGGGGCAGACGAGACAGACGGCUGAGAAUGAUCUUGGUCUUGAUGUUGUUUACGGAGAUACCGAUUCCGUCUUUGUCAACUCCAACGUGACUACCUACCCUGAGGCUUUCAAGAUUGCCAAUGACUUUAAAAAGGCCAUCAACGACAAGUAUCGUCUCUUGGAGAUCGAUCUUGAUGCCGUCUUUGAGAGAAUCCUGUUGUUGAACAAGAAAAAGUAUGCGGCUGUCAAGAUUGAUGAAUCGGGAGAGAGGAUCACCGAGGUGAAGGGUUUGGAUAUGAAGAGGAGAGAGUACAGUCAAUUGUCAAAGGACUGCAGCACUGCGGUGUUGAAAGAGAUUCUGAGUGGAGAAUCCACCGAGGUUGUUGUCCAGAACGUCCACGACUAUCUCAUCCAAGUCGGAGAAGCCGUCCGUAACAAUGAGGUACCGCUCGAAGACUUCAUCAUCUUCAAACGACUGGGUAAAAACCCCGAAGAAUAUCCAGAGAAGAAUGCCCUCCCCCAUGUCCAGGUCGCCCUUCGCAUGAAAGCCAAGGGUACAUCCGCCAAGGCGCACGAUGUUAUUCCUUACAUCAUGUGUCUGGAUGAGGACGGCAAGAGCGGUAAAACGCAAAGUGGUGACCGAGCCUUCCACCCUGAUGAUUUGAGGAGACAAGGAUCAGAAUUGAGAAUUGACUACGAGUACUAUCUCGACAAUCAAAUCCUUGUCCCCGUCAACAGAUUGUGCGAGACUAUUGAAGGCACCGAGCGGGCGCGUAUGGCGGAAUGCCUCGGUCUCGACCCCCGACGAUACGCCAACACUGCCUCAGCCGAGGCGCAAGAGCAAGAAUUCGCCACAUUCGACUCUCAAAUCUCUGAUGAAGACCGGUACAGAGACGUCGAUCCUCUGAAACUGACCUGCCCUGGCUGUAUGGAAGAAUUGGCGUUUGUCGGUUUGCUAGGCAAGGAGGAAGCCGAGUCUCACAUCCGAGCCAACGGUAUUUGCUGCGACAAGUGCAACACCCCCAUUCAUCCCGCGUCUCUGGGGCUGCAGCUCGAGAACCAGAUUCGCGCUCAUAUCGCGCAGUAUUAUCUGGGAUGGAUGGUAUGCGACGGCGAGGGAUGUGGCAGUCGGACACGGACGAUGGGUGUGUAUGGCAAGCGGUGCUUGGGCUUUGCGCGAGAAGAUUGUCGGGGUACGAUGAGGCUGGAGUACACGGAUAUGAAGUUGUACCACCAACUACUAUACUACCGCAGUCUUUUCGACGUUGACAAGAUUCUUGCGCCCCUCCAGGGCAGUAAGCGGUUAGAGGAAGUCCGACCAGUAACACUUGCCAACAAGAAACUCCUCUCAGACCUCGUCAACGUCACAGACAAGUACCUGAGCAAGAACGGGAGAAGAUAUGUCGACUUGGGAGGGUUGUUCAAGUUUAUGGAAAAGAUCAAGCUGUGA